AUGCCCAAGAACCGGCCCGGGGAUGCGGAGAAGAGUAGGGCAGCUGAGAAGAGGCCUGAACAGGGGGCGCCCUGGCAGAGGUGGAGCGGCUCGCCUGGUCGCGCGGGUGUGAAGACGGUGCCUCUCACGCAGUGUCAACCGGGGCGUAUCGGCGCCCAGCGGAAAGUUCAGGCGGAGAGCAGGGAAUCCCUGGAUAUAAGCGGCGUGCUGCCACGCUGCGCGGUCCUCGGAGACCCGGCGGCGCUUGACCAGGUGUUGACAGACUACAGGCGGCCGUCGAGGAGCAGGUUCAAGGGGAGAGCUUGGGGCGAGAUAGACCCUGCACUGUCAGACACCGGCAGGCAGCAGUGUGCUGCAGCAGGAGCGGAGCUGCUGUAUCUGAAGCAGCUGCUGGACGAGGCUCAUCAGAGCCAGCAGCAGGCCGCAGAGCCCGCAGCAGCAGCAGCAGCAGCAGCAGCAGCAGCAGCAACAGCAGCAGCAGCAGACGGAGGUUUCUGCAUUGAGUCUUUUUUAGUUUCUCCGCUAACAAGAACUCUACAAACCGCCAGUCUUUCCUUCAACUCUGUUGGGGCCGCUCUGAAGUGCCCGCAGCCCAUCACGCAGCAGCAGCAGCAGCAGCAGCAGCAGCAGCAGCAGCAGCAGCAGCAGCAUGUGACAUGGCUGGUACAUUCUUUACUGAGAGAGAAGUAUGGAAAUCUAACAGACACCGGAACAGAAGCUGCAGCACUGCGCAUGCGCCUGCAGCAGCUGUACAUACACCGCGAGAUCGCUCCCGCUUUAUUUAAUUUUCAGUUGGUUCCGCAGGGAGAGAAGUGGUGGCUGCCAUACACCCGCCAGAGCCUGAAGCAGCUGCAGAAACAGCAGCAGCAGCAGCUCCAGAUGGAGCUGCUGCAGCAGCAGCAGAAGCAGCAGCAGCAUGCGGGCUUGGAGGUAGAGAAGGAGAGACGCAGCAGCAGAGAUGGUGAGCAGCAGCGAUUGCUGCGAAGCGGCAGCAGCAGCAGCACGAGGAGCGGCUCAUUAGACACAGCAUCUGAGGCAUCAACAAGCAGCACUUCUGCAGCAACAGCAGCAGCAGAGAUGCAGGGGGAGGAGGUGCUGCAGAGCCACGAGGCUUUUAUUGAGCGGCAGCAGCAUUACGAGGAGGCAGCAGCAGCAGCAGCAGCAGAGGGGCAGCAAUGGAAGGAAUCAUGGAGAGAGAUGAGAGAGAGACAGCAGCUGCUGCUGCUGCUGCUGUGUAGAGCCAAUGCUUCUUCUUUUUUCUUUGUCUCUCACGCUAACUUUCUUACGGGCUUCGAUCAGCUACCCAGGAUACCCAACGCCCAGUUCAGGCCCCUUCUCCUCCGCUGCGACGAUGGGCCUGAUGCCGCACCCCUCUAA